GGAGGCAAGCAGCAUAAACCGGUCACUGAUGUGUCUUGGUCAGGUGAUCAUGGCCCUGAUGGAUGUGUCAAAUGGGAAGAACCGUCACAUUUGUUACAGAGAUUCGAAACUGACCUUCCUGCUCAGGGACUCUCUGGGCGGAAAUGCUAAGACGUACAUCAUCGCUAACGUUCAUCCUGGCUCCAAGUGCUUUGGAGAGACGCUCUCCACUCUGCAGUUCGCUCAGAGAGCCAAACUCAUCAAAAAUAAGGCUAUGGUAAAUGAGGACACUCAGGGAAAUGUCAGACAACUGCAAGCGGAAGUGAGAAAACUAAAGGAGCAGCUCGCAAAUGCUCUUUCACAAGCACGCGUCAUUGAGAUGACGCCAUCAGACCAGCAAACAGCACACUCUGACGCUGAGCUUUCCUAUAAGACGCAGUUCAUUCAGGCCAUGAGCAUCUGGAAGAAAGCACAGGAGGACAAGAAGGCUCUUCAGGGGAAAGUGUCUCAGCUGGAAGCUGCCUGGGCUCAGAAGGAGAAAUUCAUCCAGUCCAACCGCAUGAUCCUGAAGUUCAGAGAUGAUCAUAUCGCACAGCUGAAGAAAGAACUUCAGACAGGCCAGAGAUCAGACCCUGAUCAGCAGAACCAGCAGCUGCAGGAAGAGAUACGUCUGCUUCGAGAGCAGGUGGAGCACCACCCACGGAUGAUGCAGUACGCUGCGGAGAACUGUGCCCUGCGGGAGGAGAUUCGAGCCCUGCGUGCUCUGGAUUCUGUCAGAUCUGCGGUUGAGACCAAGGCUCAGUCAUUAACCGCGCUGGAGAAAACCUUCCUGCAGCUGCUGGAGGCUCAGACAACAGAGGAGAGCACAGGAGGGGAAGGAGCAGCUCCGCCCAUCUACUCCACCCCUGUCACUAUGGAGACGUUGUCAUCAGUUUCCAUGGAGAGGAUAAAGGUUCAGCUGCUGCAGAAACAGUCAGAGCUCACAGCGACAAUUCAGGCCUUCGAGGAAUUCAAGGAGGUCAACAAAAAACAGCUGGCUGAGCUGGAAUCUGAGAAGCGCUACCUCGAGAAGUCCAACAAACAUCUGGAGAAGAUCCUAGAGGCCACUAAAGCCCACAGCAAACAGGAAGUGUCUCAACUCAACAAGAUUCAUGCUGAGACCAUAAAGAUUUUGACUACACCCACCAAAGGUUAUAACCUGCGUAAUCGACUGGUGCCGCUGUCUAGCCCAGACCAUCUCAAUGGACAGGACGAGAAUAUCCACGUUGAUGACAUCCAGAGCGAACAGCCGCCUCCUGAGAUGAGCGAGCUGGCCUGUGAAGCGCUCACUGAAGAACUCAAACAAAUGCAGGAACAGGCUCUCCUUGUUCAGGGCCAGUUAGACGAGGAGGAAGCCAAAAACAGGAAGCUGCUUCAACAAAUCAGCAAGCUGGAAGAACAGGUUACCAUAGCAGCCGAGAAGUCCAGUCACACAGAAGAGAUGUUCGGUGCUGAGCGACACUCGCUGCUGGAAGAACAGGUGCGUCUGCAGGAGAGAAUCAGGAUGCUGGAACAGCAGCUGGAAUACGAAAACAGAGAGAUGGACGUGCUGCGGGUGGAGGUGCGAGAUCUGCGUGUCGUCUUGCAGUCCUCUGAUAAGGAGCUGGAGGCAGCCCGGACAGAACUGCAGCAGCGGAAAGCAGAGCACGAGAGAGAGACCACAGAUCUGUCCAAGAGCCUGAUCAGCACACAGCUGCAGCUGGACACUGUCAAGCUGGAGUGGAAGCAGGUGCUGGAGAAGCAGCGUGAUCUUCAGGACAUGUAUGACACACUGCAGGCUGAGUUUCAGUUCGAGCUGGAUCAACACACACAGCAGAUGGAGCUCAAGAGCCGAGAGUGCUCAGAAAUGCAAACCAAGAUUAAUGAGUUGCUGCAUACUCUUCAGGAGGAGAAAGAGCAGAAUAGCAGUGUGAGAUCCCAGCUGACCGCACACAGAGAGAGUGUGUCCAAAGAGCUUGUGCAGUCUGUAGAAGAGAAUGCCUCACUGAAGAAACGCAUUACUGAGCUGACAAACAAAAAUCAGCAACAGAGCGAUGAGGUCAGUGCUCUACAGCAGAGUGUGUGUUCAUCCAACAUGACAAUCAACAGCCUCAAGCAGAAGAUCGAACAGGACAAAGAUGUGGUGCUGGAGUUGAUGCAGGAGACCAGAGAUCUUCGAAGCGAGGUGGCUGAAAGAGAUCAGACUGUGUGUUUGCUGCGAGGAGAGAUCUCUGACAUCAGUGGGAAGUACAGCACUGUGUGCACCGAGAAAGAGCAGAUGAAGGAGAGCAUGACACACAUGCAGAAUGAACUGCAGGAGCUGCGAGAAGCUUCAGAGAGACGCCUGGCUUCUGACCGUGUAGAGUUGGAACUGCUACAGGAAGAUCUGUCCUACGCUACAGAUGAGGUGGAGAGACUCAGUAAAGUGGUGGAGGAGCAGGCAGCUUUGCUGGAGAGUUCCCGGACCCUGAACACAGAGAAAGAGCACAGUAUAAACUCCCUGAAAGAACAGGUGGAACAGCUGAGUGAUCAGAUUAACCUUCUGAGAGUGAGAGAAUCUGUCAGUCAACCUCCAGAUGCUGCCACUCCCAAAGGAAAAAUACAGACGCCGCACACCCCCUGUGGCUUUGGCUCGAGUCUGUCUCAAGUGCUGGAGUGUCAGGAGAGAGAGCUGGAGAGCCGACGCUCCUCUAUGAUCACCAUGGAGGUUCUGCUGAAAGAGCUCAAUGCAGAACGCACAGCUAAGAACCAAGAGAUCGACAGAUUGAAGGCCCAGCUGAAUGAAAAAGAGAUUGUGCGAAUGGAGAUUCAAACGCUGUUGGACAAGUUUUAUGCCGUCCAGAAUCAGCGCAAUCAGAGCGGAUAUGCGCAAGAAGAUGUGAGGGAGGCCACACACAUUUCUGUUUUGAGAGAACUAGAAGAAGAGAAGAAAAUAAAAAACUCCCUGAUGAUGCAGUUGUCUGAAUCUCAGACAGCGCUGCAGCAUAAUGAAGGCACUCUUGUCCAGUCUCAGACGUGUGUGCAGGAACUGACCACUGAACUUAGGAAUCGCUGCCUGGAGCUGCGGGAGCUGCGGAAGCUGCAGAAAGACCAUCAGCAGGAAAAACUGCAGCAGGAAAUCGAGGUUCUGAGAAAGCAGGUGGACCAUCUGACCGAGGAGAAUGGGAAACUCUUGGGUCAUCAGAACCCCAAGCAGAAGAUUGAGUACCUGGUCAAGCUGAAAAAGGAGAUCACCAGACUACAAGAGGAAAACGGCAAACUCAGGCAGUGUCUUCAUAUGGAAGAAAGUCCUAACACGAGCCAAUAACAUGUUGACCCUGAACAUGCUGGACCUAAAAACUAAACGAGAUUAGAUUCAAUCACUUUUUAGGUUUUUAGAUGUAAUUGUUGGAUUUGUCUGUUGAUUUUG